CCGGAUUUACAUUUACUAUAUUAAGUCUAGUCUAUGAGACCAGGCUGCACAUCGGGGUAUGGCUUUGCACACUUUUUCUGUCUGUGUAUUACAUUUACUUAGGAGCCAAUCACAACACUGCUUGAUGUUUGAGAUACGCCAUGCAGUCUGACUAAUCUAUUUUCAACUCUUGCAAGCGCAACUAAGGACCGACGACGCAAGGCGACAUAAGUGCAAUUGAUAAUUAUUCAAAACGAAUUAAAGUGGACUGGCCUCUGUGUCGCUUGACAGCUUCUGGAAACUUUGGAGGGACAUUUUUCUAAAUUGGUGGUGACACAAGAUCACGGAACGCUUGCACGGGUUUUUGAGUAUUAUUGACCACUGCAGGCUUAUCAAAAUAUACAUGUAAUUUAUUUUACUGCCACCCUCUCUUAAAAAAAACACGUGACAACUGCAAUCACUGCAUUCCUGCGAGUCCAGGUUUAGGAAUUGUCACACAUUUGCAAGUAUCGGCUACCUUGUUUCAGUCGAUCCUGGGACAAACUCAGUGUGGCUGGAUGUUGCAGGCGGCGGGUCAGUGAGCGCGAGGACCAAGUACCUCUAUGAAGUACCCAACUCCCGACCUCUCUUACCUGAUGCCGUGCAUGAUGAUUGUCCUUGGAAUACUUAUGAAUGUCCUCAGUCAUGGCAGCGUGCUGUCAGGCUCCAUAGACUGUCAGGAGGCUGAGCGAGGCUGUGUACAGGAUCAGGACUGUACGGCAGUGUACAGGGUGCUGGAGUACUGUGCUGCCGAGGAGGCCGUGUCGCCCCUGGGCCCAGACGCCCGGGGGGAGUGUCUGGAGGCCCAGAGCGCCCUGCAGCAGUACCGCCCCCUCCAGGCCUGCAAGUGCCAGCGCGGCUCCCGCCGGGAGGAGCUGUGCCUCAGGGUCUACUGGACCGUCAGAUUCGCUGUGUAUGAUGAGUACGAGGUGUCUCCGUAUGAGGAUCUGGAGGUGGAGUUUGUGAGGCACAUAGAGAUGUCACGCAUGGCCUCCAUCAUGGCAGCCUCCUCUCUUCCUCUGGAUGGGCAAAACCAGUGUCUGAAAGCAGCCCAGGACUGUGGUCUGUAUGAGAAGUGUGGUUCUCUGAGGUCGGAGUAUGUUGUGGCCUGCACCAAGCGGGCUCCGGGCUCCGACGGCAGCUGUAACAGACAGAAGUGCCACCGGGCGCUGCGGCGCUUCCUGGAGCGGGUACCAGAGGAGUACAGCUUUGCCCUGCUAUUCUGUCCCUGCUCUGAUGCCCUCUGUGGGGAGCGCCGGCGGAAGACCAUUGUACCGUCGUGUUCCUAUGAGGAGAGAGACAGCAAACCCAACUGCCUCAGCCUGCAGGGCUACUGUGCCAGGGAUGAGCUGUGUAGAUCUCGUCUGGCUGAUUUCCAGCACAACUGCCAGCCCUCGUCACAUUCUCCCUCUGGCUGCAUGAGAGAGAGUGGAGCCGUCUGCCUUAAGGCCUACGCCGGGCUCAUAGGCACCAUCAUGACCCCCAACUAUGCCAACAAUCUCAGUAUGGACGUGUCCCAGUGGUGCACCUGUGAGGGAAGUGGGAACCAAUGGCAGGACUGUCUGCGCAUCAUGAACAUGUUCCACAGAAACAUCUGUCUGCGUAAUGCUAUCAGUUAUUUGGGUGGCUCUUCCCCUCGCCCUGUGGAGAGCACGACCCUGCCCCCUCGUCACCACGCAUCAGCCACCCCCUCUCCACGCAUCUUUCAGGACAAGGACAAGAUCAAUGUCAACAUCAACAUUUUAUCAGAACGCAACAGUGUAGAGAACAGUGAGGAAGAGGAGGUAGAGGAGGAAAGCCAGGAAUUCAAUGUUAUCCCACUGUAUUCUGAGAAGGAGAAGUCUAGUGUGGGCUCCGGGACCCGAGGAGGCCGUAGAGGAGCGGCAAGCCACACAGCACCCAUGCUGCCCCUGCUGCUGCUGCCUGCUGCUAUGCUGGGCUGGUGGUGUCCGGUAUAACGAGCCCCCUACUACCCCUCUUAUGAUCAGCUACAGUAUCACAUUCACUGGGUCACCUCCACCAUGGCACUGAGACUGAUGAGGAGACUUAAGGUUGAGGGAAUAACAACCACAAUGAGGAAAUGGACAUUCACACCUUUCUCCUAUGGCACUCUGUCUUACAUCCGUUUCAUGCUUUCGGUUUUCCUUUGUUAAUUUCCAUCAUUAUUUUUCUGCAAUCUCUAUCUCUCCUGCUCCGACUGCUCAUGUUCUUUAGUAGUCCUAGCUGCCCAUCUCUUAGCUCUUCUCUCUCACAUCAGUACACAUGGAGUUGAACAAGCUGUGCAGAUAAAUAAAUAAAUGGAUGAAUUAAUAAGGUCUGUCUGGAUGAAUCGAUGUGGCUGUCUGUCCAGUGCCUGCCUCAAGAUUGGGCAUCCAGCUCCACUCUCCCUCUUCAUGAGGAGCCCACAUCGCCCAAGGCCAGUAACAGCACCUAUCUCAAAGAAAACAUGACCAAUGAUUGGUGGAACCAUGAUAGUUCAUUCCUUUUGAUUUUUGGGCCAUGCCUCAUAUCUUCUCUCUCCUCUGUUAUCUUCCCUUAUUUCAUCAUGCUAUGUUCCCUUGGAUAGCAGGGUUGUUGGUUAAGCCACUUUGUCUAUGUUGUCUUUGCCAUAAACCAAUAACUAAAGAAAAGAUAGAUUGAGGGAUGAUGUUGUUUUGUAGUUCUGUAGUUCUUCCUCCUAUCUCUGUUGCUCCCUUUGUUUGCUUCCUUCUUCACCACUUCAGACUAGAAGCCACUGGCCCGUUGUUUCCCCGCUCUAGUUCAUACACCACUUAUUCUCCGUUUAGUUGAGGAGGUCUGAAAAAUCCACCACAGGCACAAUGAGACAAAAUUCUAGUAAUGACAAUGGUCGAGGAAAAUGGAAUAAGCAAUAAAAAAUGAAAUCAGAUAGCUCAGCGGGCAGGUGCUGAGGCCGUCUGGGUUUGGGCUCAGGGGAGAGAGGAACCAAUUUACUGCUGUCUGAGGUUCACAAAUGUUUUCUGUCCCUAGGUGUUGUUAUAGUUUUGGAGAGACAAUAUCACACUUAGCCAUCCUUUUCCUGACUGUGUUUGAUCAGGGAGAAAGUGGGGAGAUGGGGUACUAUAGAGCCUCUGGCAACUCUGAUCAUUGAGCAUUACAUUGAGCCUAUCUCUCUCUCUCUGCCUGAUAAAUCUUUUGCUGAUGUUAAUGUUUUUUUUUCUUGCGUCACUCAUUUUCUUGUGAACUUGGAAAAUUAGCUCCCACCUGAGGGGAAGUAGGUAAAAUACUAUUGGUGAUGGUUAAAGGGGGACCUACUUUACUGUGGAAUUGUGAAUGUGUCGUUUAUUCAUCGACAUCUUUCCCUUCUUGAGGGAGAUGUUAGAUAAGACUCAUGUUCUCAUAGAUAAUACAUGAUGCUUAAAAGAGAUAAAUAUUUACUGGGCAUAUCAGUGCUACAGAUAUCUCUGCCAGCAGCAUACCACCCUGCAUCCCACUGCUGGCAUGCCUCUGAAGCUAAGCAGGGUUGGUCCUGGAUGGGAGAUCAGAUGCUGCUGGAAGAGGUGUUGAAAUGCCAGUAGGGGGUGCUCUUCCCUCUAAGGAGAUCCCAGGGCUGUGAAGGGGACAUUGCCCUGCAUAUGGUGCUGUCUUUUGGAUGGGACUUUAAAAUGUCCUGACUCUCUGUGGUCAAUAAAGAUCCCAUGACACUUAUUGUACGAGUAGGGGUGUUGACCCUGGUGUCCUGGCUAAAUUCCCAACAUCAAAUCAAAUUGUAUUUGUCACAUGUGCCGAAUAUAACCUUACAGUGAAAUGCUUACUUACAAGCCCAUAACCAGCAAUGCAGUUUUAAUAAAAAUGUGUUAAGUAAAAAAUAGAUGAGUAAAAAAUAAGAAAUAAAAGUAACAAAAAAUUAAAGAGCAGCGGUAAGAGAGGCUAUAUAUAGGGGGUACCGGUACCGAGUCAAUGUGAGGUAAUUGAGGUAAUAUGUACAUGUAGGUAGAGUUAAAGUGACUAUGCAUAGAUAAUAAACAGAGUAGCAGCAGCGUAAAAGAGGGGUCUGGGUAGCCAUUUCAUUAGCUGUUCAGGAGGCUUAUGGCUUGGUGGUAGAAGCUGUUGAGAAGCCUUUUGGACCUAGACUUGACACUCUGGUACUGCUUGCCGUGUGGUAGCAGAGAGAACAGUCUAUGACUAGGGUGGCUGGAGUUUUUGACAAUUUUAAGGGCCUUCCUCUGACACUGCCUGGUAUACACGUAGAGGUCCUGGAUGGUCAGCGCAUCCAGUUGGUCAGCGCAUGCUCGGGAGUACACGUCCUGGUAAUCCAUCUGGCCCUGCGGCCUUGUGAAUGUUGACCUGUUUAAAGGUCUUACUCACAUCGGCUACGGAGAGCCACAUUACCUGGUAAAGUAAGGGUCAAUAAAUAAAUAAUUGCAUCAUCUGCCACCAGUGUCUAAGAAUGGAUGGGACCAGGGUGAGGGGAGUAGCUGUGACUUCAUUCUGAGUGUUAAUUAAGCAGGCAAGAUGGCAUUAGUGGAGCCCAACACCCUCUCCAAUCUGGACAGUGACGUUCAUGAUGACUGUUGUUGUUUUUUAAUAGGCAGUCAUUUCUCACUGCUUGGCAAUGGAUCCUUAUGCUAGUGAUCGUCAAAGUGAGUGACAGCACCAGAGAGGAUAUGAGAGAGGCAAGCCUUGAUUUACACACUGAAACGUCCUAAGUAAAUAUGAGCAUAAGCCAUACAAGCAAACAGCAAGAGUUAUCGAGCGUGCCAACUCAGAAUUUUUUACGUUUGUACAGCUGUACACAUAUUUCCCUCCCCGGCCCAAACGCUUUUAAUAAUAUCCAAAGAUGUCUGAUUUUGCGUUCUAUUACCAUACCCAAUGGUAACAUACCCAGUUGAUAUAGUGUUUUCGUACUAAAAUAAAUCCACAGAUAAAGGGAGAGGUAUGGAGGGAGGGAAUGAGAAAGUGAGACAGUGGGGGAUUUGGGAGAGUGACCGACAUAGAUGCAGAGAGACUUAGAGAGUGAGAGAGAGAGAAAGACGGCAAUGGCUCCUAAGGCUCUCAGUAGCAUUAGUGUUGUAGUCAAGCCUCUGAGAUGUAUUUUUGUGCCUGUGGCUACGAGGCGAGUGUCUGUUCCACUGCACUAUUGCUGUGCUUUAAUGUGCCUUCACCUCAGUUUCUCUUCACAGACAGACAGCACCACUCUCCCAUACAUACUGUACAUUCCCAUCACUGUCUGUCCUCAGGUCCAUGUUACGAUCAACUGCUACCCCUCACAGACAACAUGCCUCUACGUCUACUACUACUACUGCUCAUCUUAUCCUUUUAUGUGGAAACAACAAACACUGUACCAUCAAAUACGUGCAAAGAUUGUUUUUGUUAUUGUUGGUAUGUAUACUUUAAACAAAAAAUGUAUAUACAUUUGUUUGGUUUUGUUUUCUCUUGUUGUUAUACUCCUUGAGAGCGGGCUGUGCCAUAAAGGGUUGUGUCUUCCCUGUUACAUCACAUAUCGGAUCUUAUGUAAUUCCUCUUGUAAGUGUUUAUAUGCAUUGAUUAUGGUCAAGCAUCUGUCAGUCUCUCUGUCUGUAACAGUGUAACCCUGUUGUUCUGGAGUGUUCUGUUUGUGUUGCUGGCGUUGGCACAGGUAAUAAAUAGUAACGACAGCACCUCCAUAGCUUACCUUGAUAUCCAUGUUGAUGGUCAUUUUUAGUCGGGUAUAUGAUGAUCAUCAUGUUCCACAUUAGAAUCAAACUGCUCAUUUACUCAGCCAAUGCCACCAAGCCCCUCUCAGUCGUGUGAAAUAGGAUUAGCUGUCUGAAUCACACCACUCCUGAGAGUUGUUGCACUCUGUGGAAAUGGUGUAAGACCACUUCUUGAACGUGAUCCUCAGUUGGCAAGCUGGUUAAUACGUUCAACUUGAGCAGUUGCCUGCCUCUCUGCCAGCUUUCUAAAACAGUUUUGGGCUCUGUCCAUUAAAAUCAAAAUGGUCAUCAUUUAGAAAAUGGACCCGUUAUUUAUGGCUGAGGCCAGUGAAAGACUUAGAAAUUAUACAUGUAACAUAAUAAAGCUCAUUGCACUGAAGUGCCUAUGAAUACUUCAGUUGGAGCGAGGAAUGAAGGACUCUAGGUGGUCUGAGUUGUACAUGAAACAGCCACUGGAUUAGCAGAAACAUUAAUCCUUGUUUUAAUAAUUCGUUUUUUUAGAACUUCAGAAAGUUCAGGAAUGCCAAAAUGUCCCAGCCAUCAGCGCUGUUUUAAGCCACACAGUGCACUGCUCACCCCUACCUGUGUCACCAUCCAUCCACCUCCUUGGCCAUGAGUUCAGUCUGGCCCGAUUCCUAGCUGGUGAAAUGGGUUUAAAAUCAGGUGUGAGCUCUGUGUGGUUCUUCAUUAAGAGUGAGAAAUGUACAAUGCUGUGUGAAAAAAUAACUACAUACAAUAAUAAAAAAAUCUUCAAUUAA